UUUUAAUGUCUCCCACAAAUUCCCUCAGGCAUUGUCCCUCCCUCUCCCGAAUUCUGACAGCUGCAGCCCUAACAAGCCCAUGAAUGUGACCCUUGGUUGUCCAAAGCCUGCGGGCUCCUCCUCCAGAAGGUGGGAACAGGCGUGGCUUCUGGCGUGGGCGGGGCCUGGGCUCAGCCUUGGGAUCUCACGAACUGCCCCCUCCUGUCUGUUCUUCCUGCACACCGGGGUCGGCCCGUUCUCUCUACACAAUCUCUUUUGGGGGCUCCCUCAUCUUUCCACUCCACACUCCUGCUUUCUCUUCGGUCCGGGGGCGGACCUCACCAUCCCCAGCCUCCCUGGGUCUCCAUGCCAAAGCCAUCAAGCUCUGUGUUUGCCUCACUCUUUCCUCCUUACCCACCCAAGUACCCAUCCUGGCUCGGCACCAUUCCCCACAUUCACUCUUCCUGUUCUCAUGAGCCCAAUCCAUGCCCCCUUUUCGGAAAUACUUCCCCUAUUGCCCUCACUUUCUCACACAGAGACAAACAAAGACUCACAAGCCCAGAAAUAGACUCCCACAGAGCUGAAAGACACAGGCCGUGUCCUGCCCCGCACGCACGCGCGCAGGCACGGCGGCUCUUGUGGAGGGAAGCACACAGACCCGGCGUUUGUCAGUGCACGCACAUAAACAUCCACACCCACAGCCACUGCGCCGUGCCACAAAAGGGUGCAGGCACACGUUGUGCGAGAGACAAGGGCACACACAUCUGCGGGCGCCCAGGAGCCAGCCUAGCCCGGCACACCCACCGCGGCCGGCCCCGGGACAGGAGCAAGGCCUCCUCCGGGCUCGGGCUCCCCCCUAGAUUCCUUCCAGCAAAUGUUUCCCUACUUGGCUUGUCUGGUCCCUGGGGAAAGGGCCUCAGAAAUGCGGCAGGAGCCACUUGGGGGAAGAAAGUUGGAACUGUCUGUUCUCUGCCUGGCCCUGUCGGCGAAUUCCCUAACCGAGAAACUAUUUGUGGCGAAGGCAGGGUGGCCGGCGAGCCCCCUGUCACCUCCCCUGGUGUUCCCUCCCCUCGCCGCCACCGGUGGGCCUCCGGCGGCCUGGGCGUCGCGCCGCUGCCCAUCUCACAGCCUCCGGGCGGCUCGGCUUGUCUUGCCGCUUAUCUGCGCCGUUUGGACCACGCGGGGUGCACGGGAGGGCUGCUCUGUCCCCGCCGCGUCGCAGGCAGACCCCGGGCCGCCGGACUAUUUCUGUCUUAUCAGUGCAGGAAUGCGGCAGCCGCGGCGGCGGCGGCGGCGGCGGGCGGGCGGCGGCGGCGUGGGCCGUGGGCCGUCAGGGCAGCCCUGAAGGGGCCCCCUCCCCACUCCGCUCGAGUAGAAGUGUGAGAGAGCCCAGCAGGACUCAGAGGGGAGAGUUGGAGGAAAAAAAAGGCAGAAAAGGGAAAGAAAGAGGAAGAGAGAGAGAGAGUGAGAGGAGCCGCUGAGCCCACCCCGAUGGCCGCGGACGAAGUUGCCGGAGGGGCGCGCAAAGCCACGAAAAGCAAACUUUUUGAGUUUCUGGUCCAUGGGGUGCGCCCCGGGAUGCCGUCUGGAGCCCGAAUGCCCCACCAGGGGGCGCCCAUGGGCCCCCCGGGCUCCCCGUACAUGGGCAGCCCCGCCGUGCGACCCGGCCUGGCCCCCGCGGGCAUGGAGCCCGCCCGCAAGCGAGCAGCGCCCCCGCCCGGGCAGAGCCAGCCACAGGGCCAGGGCCAGCCUGUGCCCACCGCCCCCGCGCGGAGCCGCAGUGCCAAGAGGAGGAAGAUGGCUGACAAAAUUCUCCCUCAAAGGAUUCGGGAGCUGGUCCCUGAGUCCCAGGCUUACAUGGACCUCCUAGCAUUUGAGAGGAAGCUGGAUCAAACCAUCAUGCGGAAGCGGGUGGACAUCCAGGAGGCCCUGAAGAGGCCCAUGAAGCAAAAGAGAAAGCUGCGCCUUUAUAUCUCCAAUACUUUUAACCCUGCGAAGCCCGAUGCUGAAGAUUCUGACGGCAGCAUUGCCUCCUGGGAGCUGCGGGUGGAGGGGAAGCUCUUGGAUGAUGUACGUCAUGGCCCAGGUCUCUCCAGGUGUCCUGGGCCCAGUAAGCAGAAGCGGAAGUUCUCUUCCUUCUUCAAGAGUUUGGUCAUUGAGUUGGACAAGGACCUUUACGGCCCCGACAACCACCUCGUUGAGUGGCACCGGACACCCACAACCCAGGAGACAGAUGGGUUCCAAGUGAAGAGACCAGGGGACUUGAGUGUGCGCUGUACCCUGCUCCUUAUGCUGGAUUAUCAGCCUCCCCAGUUCAAACUGGACCCCCGAUUAGCCCGGCUGCUGGGGUUACAUACGCAGAGCCGCUCAGCCAUUGUCCAGGCACUAUGGCAGUACGUGAAGACCAACCGGCUGCAGGAUUCCCACGACAAAGAGUACAUCAAUGGAGACAAGUAUUUCCAGCAGAUUUUUGACUGUCCCCGUCUGAAGUUCUCUGAGAUUCCCCAGCGCCUCACAGCCCUGCUGCUGCCCCCUGAUCCAAUUGUUAUCAACCACGUCAUCAGCGUGGACCCAUCAGACCAGAAGAAGACAGCAUGCUAUGACAUUGAUGUGGAGGUAGAGGAGCCACUGAAGGGGCAGAUGAGCAGCUUUCUCCUGUCCACGGCCAACCAGCAGGAGAUCAGUGCUCUGGACAGUAAGAUCCAUGAGACGAUCGAGUCCAUAAACCAGCUCAAGAUCCAGAGGGACUUCAUGCUAAGUUUCUCCAGAGACCCCAAAGGCUACGUCCAAGACCUGCUCCGCUCUCAGAGCCGAGACCUCAAGGUGAUGACAGAUGUGGCUGGUAACCCUGAAGAGGAACGCCGGGCUGAGUUCUACCACCAGCCCUGGUCCCAGGAAGCAGUCAGCCGCUACUUCUACUGUAAGAUCCAGCAGCGCAGGCAGGAGCUGGAGCAGUCGCUGGUCGUACGCAACACCUAGGAGCCCGUGAACAAGCAUCACUGUGGCCCAGACGGCCACGCUGUCCAGCAUGGGCCCUGGACUCUGGCCUCCCUCCCCUGCUGCUGUGGGGUUGGGGCAGGGGGCAAGGGGUAGUGGGGAGGACUGGAUUAAAGGUCACUCAUCAGA